UUGACAUUUGUCAUGGAGAUAAGUUUUUGGCUCAGAUUUUGGUAUUAAUAAUUUUCAUCUUACAUCCCUGGUAUUAACGAAACUUUAUAAUCUAUCAAAUUAUUAAAUGCCUACAGAAGAUGAUGACUCAUAUCCAGGUUAAGCUUUUAUCGAAAUAACAUCAUAUUUUCUGCGUCAAUGUCUUAGCAUCGGGAAAGGAUCUAAAUGAGCUGGGCUAUGCUGAAGACGCGGUUGAAGCAGAGCUUACAAAGAGCGGGAUUGCAUCUCGUCGGGCCCACUGUGCCGUACCUCCUCUUACCUGGUACCGCGGCGUUUACCUCGUCCCUCGCCCCUCGCCCCUCGCUUCACAUUUUACGAUCUCAUACUAUGCCACGGACUUAUCUUGGAAGCCGCGAUGCUGUCCCGAGCGACCGCGUUCUGGCGGCGGGCGCUGAAGAACUACCCUCUAGCCACAAACGCCACAGUAUACGCAGGUUUCUACACGGCAGCCGAGCUCAUGCAGCAGUCGUACAAUAAGAUGUAUUUGCCAGAAAAGCCAGACAUAGACUUCGCAGCGGUCGCGCGGAUAUCAGCGGUCGGGAGCACCCUGUACGCACCUAUAUUGUACAAUUGGUAUAAGUUCCUGGACCGAAGGUUUACCGGCAAUGCUAUAAAGACUGUGCUCACAAAAGUGGCUUGUGACCAGUUCAUCAUGACACCUGUUCUUCUGGCCUUAUUCUUCACUAUUAUGAGUACUCUGGAAGGCAAAGAAGACAUUUUCGCAGAACUGAAAGAAAAAUACUGGAUAGCUUUCAUCGCCAACCAAUCGUUUUGGAUACCUGCGCAGACGGUCAAUUUCUACUUCAUGCCGCCACAGUUGAGGGUAGUUUACGUGGCAUCGGUUUCGUUCGUGUGGAUUAAUGUGCUGUGUUUUAUUAAAAGGCAAAAGAUUAGCCAAGAAAAGAAAUCAUGAGUAUAAUUUUAGCAAACAAUGUUUUUUAAAUAAAAUCUAAAGUUUAAGAAAACAUGCAAAAUAAGUAAGUUGUAAGAUAGUAUACUGUCAACCGCAGGCGUAGACUGUUUUUGAUUUUUUGUGCAAACGUAACUAGUUUGAAAUAAAAUAGAUAAAGGAAAUGAUUUAAAAGGUUGAAUACUGAAUCGCACUUAAUUUUAUAUCUAUUGCUAGGUAUCGAAUUACAUCAUUGCAUUUCAAUUGCAUAUUUUAAUUAAGAUUUAAAUCAAAUAACUAUAAUUCAUAAUAUAAAUGACAACCUUUAAUAGAUAUCGAUAACGUAGGAUAUAUUUGAGGUGAGGACAAUAUUUUUUGUAAAUAUUACUAGGUAAUAAAAUGUUGAUUGUACGCAUGUCUAAUAUUAUGAGAAUUCAAGCAUAAAAUGUAUUGAUAACGA